UGUGCUUCUUGGGGGUACGUCCCGGUUACCUAUCCUAGCGUGCCUCGAGAUUGGCUCCUUUCCGUUCCCCGACCCCCAAAGAGCUGUUGGCCAGCUGGUGGGUGGUGUGCAUCAUCCCUUCCUACCUACCUUUCUAGACUCUCUCUCACCUUGCCUCAACCUGUUUCCUUGCAUCCACAGGAGCGGUGCAGCAGCAGCGCAGGAAGCACGCACGCACCAGUACCCGACCGCAACUCACCUUACCUCUGCCGCCCUCAAGUGGCCCCGUCCUCAGCUGAAGGGGAACGACGACGUGCACCUGGCUGCAUUUCCGCCAUCCAAACCACCAUCUCCAAAUCUCCCAUUUUCCUCCCGUCGUGUCUCGCUUCUACAUUAGCCUUUCAACGGCUGGCAACAAAGGCUCAGUUUGCGAGCAACCCAAGCCCACCUAAAAGGGGAAGCCUCUUUUCUUUCGCGUACUUUAUGCCCGUAAUACCGACCGCUUCAUUCAACAGCAAGCUCGAGACGAUCCCCCCUCUGCCCCUGGCUCCGAAACCAUGUGACGGAACCAUCGAAUCCCGCCCACCAACUUCGCUCCCAUCGCCAACUCGCUCGCUUUUCUUCGAUUACUCUUUCAAGUACACACGAGACUUCAGCGCGUCCUGCUUCUAG